AUGGCGAAAACCUCUAAAACCGUUCCUCAAAAGGAGAAAGCUUCCUCCUCUUCUUACCGGCCGGCCGAUGAUAAAGCGCCGGUCAUUCAUGAGAUUAUCCCCAGCCCCUGUGUCACAACGAACGACUUCAAAGUCGAGAAUCCCCCUGCGAUUCCGGGCCAAUGUGAGCAUGUAUCGAGAUAUAUUUGCUCGACAACGGAGAAACACAUUGAGGCCAUGAAGAGGGAUUGUGGCUGGGGGGACGAGAUUAUGGAGCAGAUCCCCGCCCCCGAGGAGAGCAUUGGAGAUUUCUCUGAAAUGAGGCUGGCUCCGCCUAGGGAAGAGACCCGGUCCCCGAUUAUGAAAUCGGGGAAAAAUAAUAAGAGUAAAAGGGUAUCGAAGCCCGAAGACCCCCAAGAUAAAAAGGCUCUAUCUCGAAGACGCGGGAGAAAUCUCAUUCAUGUGGAUAUAGAAUCGGUCCACCAGCUGAAUGAUGAAGAAGAAGAUGAGGGUGAAGACUCCGCGUUGGUGGUUCGCACUAGGAAACCGGUUGAAGCUGCCAAACCCUCCGAGCCGAAGACCUUGCCUCGUGACGAGGAGGCUUCGAAGAAAGAUGCGGACAAAACCCCUGAAUCGCCCGAGGUCGAGAUUGCUCCCCGGCCAUCAACAAGCACACCGGAGGGGGCUUUUACCAAAGUUAGGGCCGACCUGAGCCAAUGUGAAGCCGAGCUCCAGAAGACCUCGGAUGAAAGGAACGCUUUGAAACUCCCUUGCAGUCAAAAGGAGGAGGAGCUCAGGGACCUUCGAGCAGACUUGGCCAAGGCUCGCAAGGAUGAGGCCGAGCUAGACAAGCAGGUAACUGCCAUUUUGAAAGAGGAGGUCGAUCAGAUCAAGGCCGAUUACGAUCGGUGGAAAGAGAACAUGGACCGCCUCGCUGCGGAGAAUGAGGCUUCUUCGGCCAAACUGACUUCGUCUGAGGCCCAACUUUGGGGAUCUAAAGAGAAAAAUUCGGCCCAGGCCAGAGAGAUCGACGAGCUCGAGGUCAAGCUUGCUGCGGCCAAGGCAGAGGUCGGGAAGACGAAGGUCGCGGCUGACAGAACCAUUGUUGUAUACGUGGCCGAUGCUGAGGCUGCUCAAACGCAGCUAAGGGAAGCCGCCGACCAAGAGCAACAAAGCAAUAAUUUAGCCAAGUGCCAAUCCCGGAGGGAGACCCUCAAGGGAAUCCAUGCUCGAGGUUAUGACUUCUCUGAAAAGAUAGCUCAAGCAAAGGCGCUCGACGCUGAUGCCAGAUUUCUCGUCUCCUCUGAUGAUGCUGAUGAUGAUGAUGAAGGAAGCCAAGGCGGGUCUGACAAUGAUGAGGGGCCGGAAGGAGAAGAUGCUCCCGAGGGAGAAACCAUCCCCGGGCAUAGUUAG